AUGCUUCUCUUGGGUGAUAUUUUCCCAAAUUUUACCGCAACUACUACAGAAGGGGAUAUAGACUUUCAUGAAUGGCUUGGCGAAUCUUGGGGAAUUCUCUUUUCGCAUCCUUCAGACUUUACUCCAGUGUGCACAACAGAACUUGCGAGAGUUUUAAAUUUAGUCCCAGAGUUUAAAAAACGCAAUGUUAAAGUAAUUGGAUUGUCUUGUGAUACUAUUGCAUCACAUUUUGACUGGUGUAAGGAUAUCAAAAGUUAUGCAGGAUGCAAUGAUGAUCAAAAGUUUCCAUAUCCGAUUAUUGAAGAUAAGGAAAGAAAUUUGGCUGCUAAGUUGGGAAUGGUGGACAAAGAUGAACUUGAUACUUCUGGAAUGCCACUAACUGCCAGGGCUGUAUUUAUCAUUGACCCUAAGAAAAAGUAUAGACUAUCCGUUCUUUACCCAGCUACCACUGGCAGAAAUUUUGAUGAAAUUCUGCGUGUGAUAGACUCACUUCAACUGACCGACAAAGUUAAGGUAGCCACUCCAGUGGAUUGGAAGAUGGGCGACGAGUGUAUGGUCCAACCGACGGUGCCCGAGGAAAAUUUAAGUGUAAUGUUUCCACAGGGUGUCUCAAUCGUUCCGUUACCCUCGGGCAAGAAGUACCUCAGGAAGACUCCUUGUCCAACUGCCGAGCAAUACAUUCGGGGCCGCUCUGGUUCCGUACGGCGCUCGUCAGGUGGGUCUGGAGCGAUGCCACCGCCGGAGAUUGGGCCAGCACCCAACGCGCCAGCGGCGGCUACAGUGAAAGCCCUCGCUUUCAUCGUAGUGGGGCGGGCUCGCCACCGCCACAGC